GUAGUGAAUGAUGUUGGAGAGCGGAAGUCGCGUUGUGUGAGAAAAAUAAAAAGAAACAUAAAAAUAAAAAAGAAAUAUAAGCAAUACAAAAAAAAAAAAGAAGAGGAAAAUGUUGUUAGCAAGGUGUGUAACUCUUCAGUGUUGAGGAAGGAAAAGUAGUGGAGAGCAACAAUAAAGCAUUUGGUAGGCAACGGACGAAGAUGGCUUCGACUCAGGGGAUUCAGCUGAGCAAAGUGAGCCCCUCGUUUUUGCAAGCCAACUCAACGAGUCACACAUGGACGUUCAGUGCGAUGGCUGAGCUCAUCGAUAAUGCCUAUGAUCCAGAUGUCAACGCAUCUCAGCUGUGGAUUGACAAAACAAUCUUUAAUAAUAAAAUCUGUUUGACAUUUGUGGAUAAUGGAAAUGGAAUGGAUCCAGAGAAAUUACUUAGAAUGUUAAGUUUUGGAUUCUGUGAAAAGGUUGCCGUUAGCGGACACAAACCGAUCGGGCAAUAUGGCAACGGCUUCAAGUCUGGUUCCAUGCGUCUCGGUCGUGAUGCUCUUGUUUUUACCCGAAAUCUGAACAGUAUGAGUGUCGGCAUGUUGUCACAAUCAUACCUCGAAGCUGUCCGGGAGGAGACUGUGCUUGUCCCUAUCGUCACCUGGAAACUUCCUCAGAAAACUCGCUCUGCCAACCAAGGGAGUUUAAACAACUUAAGAGCAAUUCUCAAGUACUCUAUAUUUCGCAAAGAAAGCAGCUUACUUGAGGAACUUGGCACUCUUGAAAUGCUCAAAACUGGAACCAAAAUUAUUAUCUACAAUUUGAAAAGGGGCAAUGAUGGCAAGCUCGAACUGGACUUCGAAAGUGAUUCUGCCGACAUCCGAAAUCCAGAGAGUCACGAGUUUGAUUACUCCUCUAUCAACCGUCCUCUCAGCCAGUACUCACCCGAGUACCGUAGAUCACUUAGAGAAUACUGUUCCAUCCUCUAUUUGAAACCUAGGAUGAAGAUUAUACUUCGAGGUAAAAAAGUUCAAACCAAAUUAAUUUCAAAGAGUUUGUCCAGAACAGAAACAGACAUCUAUCGACCUACAUGGCUUCCAAAACCAAUUCUGCUUACGUUCGGCUUCAGUCCAAACAAGAAUGAGUUUGAUUCAGAAAAUUAUGGUGUGUUGAUGUAUCAUCGGAACCGAUUGAUCAAAGCCUAUGAGAAAGUUGGUUACCAGCGACAGGCCAAUGAACUUGGUGUUGGUGUUGUCGGAGUCGUUGAAGUGGAUUUUCUUGAUCCCAUUCACAACAAACAAGAUUUUAAACGAACAGACCGAUAUAAUACAUUCAUGACAUCGUUAGGGACCAAAUUAAACGACUACUGGAAUGAGAAGUGUGGUGGUAGCAGCAGUGUGAAGAUCCAGUCAGUGUCUAGUGCCACUGGAACGCUGUUUCCUUCGGUCAUUACAAUUGGUGGCAGUGGAGCAUUGGGAGUUGCUCCAGAACCUGACUGGUUAUGGGUGCAGUGUGAUAACUGCUUGAAAUGGCGCCGUCUGCCAACUGGGAUUGGGUUCCGAGACUUACCAGAGAAAUGGUAUUGUCACAUGAACCCUGAUGCCUCUCAUAAUCGAUGUGAUGUUGAAGAGGAACCAGAAGAUGAAGAUGAAGCCCUCCGUCGACCCUCCUACGAAAAAACAUUCAAAAAAGCUCAAGAAAUCCAAAGAAAACGAAAACAAAUUGAAGAAUUCCAGAAACAGCAAGAAAAAGAUUCCCAGUUGGUGGCCAUGAAAAAGGAAUUGGAAAGGCGAGACCGAGACAUGAGGCAAGGCAUUGUGGAGGUAACCAGUUCAACAGAGAAGAAACCCAGCACAACAGAAUUGACACAGGCUCAAAAGGCUUUAGAAUCCUUAAUCCAAAAACAAAAAACCCAAGCAAAGAUAAUCCAAAAACUAAAGUCACAAAAGGACCACAUCAAAACGAAGCAAGUUGAGAUCUUGAAAGCAGCUGAAGUUCUUCACAUGGUGCAACGACGUAACGAUAACUACCUCGACACAAACUGGUCAAAUGUCAGCUCCACAAGCCAACCGAACCGCAUGAUACCCGCAGCUGGCGUGACUCCUCCCAGUAAACGUUCCUUAGACGCAGCACCAGAAACGGUCACUUUAGUGAAGCGCCAUCGCAUCAAGACAGAGGAUGGUAACUAUGUGACAGUGACGUUGAACGAGGACACUGCUCCGGUACCUGACCUGGCCACUCGUCGGCGAGAAGAGAAAGAGAAGAGUAACCAGGAGCCUGUUGGGGUGAUUGAUUUGACAGACGAAGAUGACCCCAAAAUGGACGGUACCAAUGGUAUUCUGCCAGCAUCAAAUAGCAAUAUGAUGCCUACCUCAGACGUGUCGGUGGCUGUUGAAGUCAGCGAAACACCAAUAGACAUGGAAGUAACAGCAAUGGAGGUAACAAGGAAUCGGUCUUCGGUUGGUGCCAACGAGGUUGUCUCUGUGCUGCCAUCGGCCAACAGGGCAGGGAAUGAGGACGACGGCAUAAAGAUAAUCUCUGUGAAUUCUGUUGCUUCGUUGCCAGCGCAGGCGGCUGCAACCGAUUCUGUUGUCUCUGCUGCACUGCCACAGAACAAUGCGUCCCCUGCUGCGGCGCCUCCUGCAUCUGCAGCAAGUGCAACUGCCUCGUCCCCACCUUCCUCCUCUGCUUCUGCUUCGAGGCUCGCAUCCGAGGCUGCUGCGAGCGAAGACGGGGAAGAGGAGAACCUGGAUUGCGUGAAGAAACGGUUGAAUGAGUUGCGCGAAAAUGUGAAGAGAUUGAUCGAAAUAAUUGUGCCAAACAUUGACUUUGGUGAACACAAAAUCGAUGAUGUUGUCGUGGAGAUGAUUCGGAUAAAUUCGCAGGUGAACUCAUGAGAGGGGGCGUGGGGGGAAAGUGCGGGAGUGAAACAUUGACAAUACGAGAGAAGAAGAAGAAGAAGAGUAAGUCGAAGUGGAUGAAAUGUGAGCAAGGGAGGAGAAAGAGAGAGAGAGAAACAGAUAGACAGAAACACAGAGAGAGAGAGAAAGAGUGAAUGAGUGAGAGAGAGAGAUGGAGAGAGACUGUUGUGUAAAGGAAUUGGUUGGCACCACAGCAACAGCAUCAACUGGACACAAGAAGAACUGACAAGACUUUGGGGAAGCGUCCUCACGGUGGCGCUGGUGCUGUUGUGCUUUUCUAAUUCAAAGAAACAAACCAGUCCAAAUUCCAUCGUUCAACAUUUGUGGAUUUACAAAUUCCUUUGUGAAGAAAGAAAGAAAAGUCUUUUAUUUAAAAAAAAACAAAAAUUUUCUUUUUUUA